ACAAACGCGCCGCCCCCUCGCCCCCCUCUUAAAUGCGGCUGCGGAAUGAGAGGUUUGGAGGGUGGGGGGAGUAGUGACACGGAUCGAACCGGUAAAGGCCGAGGUGAGCGGCGCUGGUGGCCGCUCGUGUCGCUUCUCCCCAUCGCGACAUCUCUCCUUCACAGCUCUCAAUCUCUCAGGGCCACAGUGAUGUCUGCAGACGUUGCAGCCGCGCUCAUGAAAACCGAGCUCUUUAAGUCCGAGGGGAAGGGAGCGGGCACCGAGAGAGGCGGACUGCCUCGCCCUUGUUCGGACACCUUCAGACCUCCUCGGGAGAGCAGAUCCCAGCAGCAGCAGCGGCGGCACCAGCACCAGCAGCAGGAGCAGCAGCAGCAGCAGGAGCAGCAGCAGCAGCAGGGGGUGGUGAUGGCUCGCAAGUUGGCGGCGUCUGCGCCACCCGCUGUGCCGGCUCCACUGAGCCCGCGCCCCGCCACACGGAGCUCUGCGCGGUUCGGCAACUUGAGCCAGCACUCGUUCUUCUCCCGGCACAACCCUCACCCGCAACGCGUGCGGCACAUCCGAGGUCUCAACGACGUGCCCAUCUGCUCCGUGAACGACGAAGGCUUCAUGUCGAGCCCUCGCUACAGCCUCUCGCUGAGCCCCCUGCGCGCCUUGCUGCUGCGCUGCGGCCUCUCGGCGUCGUCCCCGGGGUCACCCGCCGGCCUCGGCCCCCUGCCCUUCGCCCUGCCCUUCCCGGCUACCCCCUCGUCCCUGCAGCAGCAGCAGCAGCACGGCGGUGGUGGCGGUGGCGAACGCGGGUCCGUGCCGCGUGUGGGGCCUGUGUCUCUCACAGACGCGUGGAGAGACGAACUGCGGGAGCUCACGGAGAGAGCCGGUUUCCUCGCGCGGCGGGAGAAGAAACCGCAGCAGCCGGAGGGUCCGGCCCUGAGACCGGGGACUCGCUACUCCCUCGCCACCGGUCGCAUCGUCCCGCCACCCAGCCGCGCCGCGUCCCGCACCCCGGGACGCCUCUCCUCCCGCAACGGGGCGCGCGACCUCGCCGCCCACGGUGACCCCGACCACGAGCUCCUGGUGCUGGAACUGCUGUGUCAGAUCCUGCAAACCGACUCCAUCUCAGCCGUGAAGGAGUGGCUGCUGGCGGCUGGGCCACGCGAGAAGGACCUCGUGCUGGCCAUGAUUCGCAUCGCGCUGGAGGAUGAGGCGGCACCGCAGCCCCCCGCGCCGCACGCGGACCCCAGGCCCGACUCGCACGGUUCCCUGCGCAAGACGCCGCGGAGCAGGAUGGGAAAUCGCUCCAGGUCUGUCGAGGCCCACGUUCCAGAGUCGAUCCCCGAGGAGGAGGAACCAGAGAGAGUCGGCGAUGCCGAGGUGCUCACGAUCCAGAGGUCCUCGUCGGCCGACGACAUCACCCGCUCCGCCGCCUCCAGGCCCCGAGCGCCGAGAGCCUCCGCCGGGCCUCCGGGCGCAGCCCGUGCGGCCGAGCCGGACGUCGCGCCGGCCUCGGCGUCGGCCAAACCACGCAGCGGCAGGAAGACGGAGCAGCAGCAGCAGCAGCAGCAACAGCACCAGCUGCCUGCCGCACCUGUCGAUGCUAAGCUCCGAUACACCAAGACCCCUCACACGCCCAGCGAAAGCGCGCAAAGACCUGCCCAGCCUAAGCACAGCGCAGCCCAGAUGUGAUGGAGUGUGCGGGGCGGGGGGAGCGGCGGCGAAGCGGUUAGCGCUACGCUGCGCUACGAAACCCGGUGACCCGAGUUCGAUUCCCGCUCACGGCCAACAGCACCGGUGUCGAUUAUCUGAACCGGUCCUGGGCCUCCCCCAGAUCGGCUCAGCCACAAAUGAGUACCUGGUGCGGUGUGUAAACAUCGCCACUAGGGAGACAAGGGCGGCCGGGCGUGGUGCUGGCCACCCAUUCCCUCGUGUGCCGUGCCGACCUUCGUAGGUGCUCGCUCAACAGCACUUGCCCCAGCAGUCUAUUAAGGCUACACGGGUGGAUCUUUGUCUUUGUGUGUGUCAAGAGCCUCGUACGACAAAAUUCCACCAGGCACGGAUUGCGAGCCGUCAAUGACGUGUUGGCAACCACCGAAUGUCCGUCUGUGUAAAACACCGAUGCUUGCCGGUCAGGAGAGAGGAAAUCCACGGUUUGGUUGGAAAGCGGGAAGCCGGCCCGUGCCUGUCGGCUUGUUCGGCGAAUCGGCUCAGGUGUGUGUGAGAGAGAGAUCGUUACCGUGGUCGCCAGGUGAGAUAAUUCCGUUGCCAGCGGUAACUACGUGUACGCGCGCGCAGGCAAAAUAAUAGUGGUGCCGGUUUUCUCCAGGAGGCAAAUAUCUGCAGAAAAAAAGAGGGUCGCAAUCCACCCAUCACUGCACAAUUAUAUAACGGGACCUUUUGGCACUAUCAAAGUAUGACAAAAUAAGAAUAGGUUUUACACUUUCUGGCUAUAAACAGGUGUAAACCUACACCAGUAAAAUUUAGACUUCAUUUUUUUGAUCUACAUAUUGUGCAGUAUUACAAAAUUAGAAAAGGUUUUAUUUUUUUCUGGACAUAAAACAGGUGUAAAGCAGGUGUUUUAUUGCCAGAAAGGGUAAAACGUAUUCUUAUUUUUUCAUACCGCACGAUAUAUCAAUAAAAUUGAAGUCUAAAUUUUACUGACGUAGGUUUAAAAAUGUUUAUUUUUACUUGAGUCUCUACUUAAUGAAUCGCACUUCCGUGCGAUAACCUUUUUCUGACCAGCCAGUCAGCUCACGAUUUAAUCUUUUCGGCGGAAUAAAACCGGCACCACUAAAUGAUCGUAACGUCUGGUGAUUACCGACACACGGCGUGGACUCCGAGGAGAGUGGCGUACAUUAAAAAAGUAGUUCCGCAUUUCCACUUAGGCGCGUUAAUAUUUGUUGUUUUAACCUUAGGUCGCGCAAAGCGAGCGAAUGUGCUCGAUGCGCUUGGGCGUCUCUCGACUAUUUGAAACAUCGAAAGACAUUUCCGCUUUUUAAGGCAUCUUGAUCGUUUUUUUAGUUUGUUUUCAAGGUCAAUUCACGACCUCUUUGGAAUGUGCCAAAAAAAAUAGGUCCCCGUGUGCACACCACUCCAAAGUGCUUUCUUUAGCUGAGCUUGGCAUUUUCAAAACGUAAAAACCGAGCUGGCAAGAGACAACCCUUCGUUAACUUGGCAGAAACAUUUCGGAUCGCUCGCGGUAUGAUGAUAUCCCUUGCUCAGAAGCCUGUUGCGUGAAUGCUCUUUGGUUCUUUCGGUAAAGUCACGACGUUUCGAUUGGCAACACAAGCAAUCAUCAUCAGGUGGGAAAACCACAGCAAAAAAAUUAUUGCUGUGGUUUUGCCAAAAAAUGUUAUUGCUGUGGUUUUCCCACCUGAUGAUGAUUGCUUGUGUUGCCAAUCGAAACGUUGUGAUUUAUUUAAUUUUCUACCUACGUGACUUUACCGAAAGAACCAAAGAGUAUGCUUGUGUGGAAAUGCUUCUCCCCCAUAGAUGUGAUUAUUCCUGACCCUAACCCCCCCCCCCCCCCCUCUUAGCCCAGUUGCAAUGAAAUGUACUCGUGGCAGAUGCAUACAGAGCACAAAUUCAAUAUCAGCUGACAUGCAACAUUAUGGGUUUAAACAACAUAUAAGGUGAACUCCGUUGUGUCUCCACAUACAAACGCUUUUUUUUGAGCCCAUACCAAUAUUACCAAACCGCAACUGUUUGGACAAACUCCGGACCGGUUUUGACCCUUCUGGGAAUCAUCAGCCGCGAAGUGCCCCGUUAAACAAACGCUGCCCGAUUACCAGAUGCUCUCAUUGGCAGGAGCGCUCCUGUCUAACCAAACCGAACAGGAACUCAAACAACUCGCCACGCAUUGCCGUGGGGCUUUGUGGGGAGUAAAGCCUCUUGACACGGUCCCGCACGGGACGGGGGGGGGGGGCGAUUGCACCCGCCCUGUGGACGAUUCCCAGGCUGAAGCCACGGUAGCCACGAGGAGCUUCCUUGGUCGGAAUUUGAUGGAUGCGCUGGGCCACGCAGAAGCCACGCGUGCCUUGGUGGACGUGACAGCCUUGUCGGGUGGGCAAAGGGUUAACGACGACUGCAUGAAGCCACCAGCACCAACCACGUGGCCCUAACCCAAAAAAACAAUUCUGGAUACUGGGGAAGAAACGAGUGGAAAAUCGAUUUUUUAUUCAAAGUCUCUGUUGGUCUCCCACCGAUCUUGUUACCGCUCGGUCACGUGUCCCGGCACUUCUUCGCUGUUGUCCAAAGGGUCGUCGCUCUUGCGGUUAUCCGACCGCCCGAUGAGAGGAACCCUCGAGCGGGCUCGUUGAAAUCCAGCGGCGUAUCUGGAAAUGGAUCACCCCCCGUG